AUGCUCGUCCUGCAGAUCCUCACAGCAGCGCUCACCAUCUCCUUCGCCAAGGCGAAUCCUCUUGUCGUCGAUGUGCGCAACUGGGAGAACCCUACCGCGGAUGGAGCCUUCAAACGCGGGGAAUUGGACGUUGCUAGUCCCGCCAGCAAUUAUGCCGAAUACAUCCCAAGCCCCACGGAAACCAGCCUGACAUACCAUUACUACCAAGAACGAGCAUGCAUUGCUGCCGUGGCAAACCUCCCAUCGCCCGUCACCCUCUGGUCUCUCGUACCUUGCGCCAUUGCCGCUCUUUGUGGAACCGUCACUGUUGUGCUUGGGGCUCUCUGUUGCAACGGUAUCAUCAAGAACUGUGCCACGAAUAUCUAUUCGAUUGCUGCGAAUAACAAGCCUCUCACUGCUACCGUUAUGGCAGCGUUAAACGGCGGCCAAGGGAACAAGGCCACAUUCACCAGAGCAACGGUCCGGAGCGAGCUUGACAGCUAUUUGAAGAGCAAAGGCUCCAAGACCCCAAGUGACAAAGAAUUCAACGGAAUGUACGAUAAGUUCUUGAUUCGUACUUUCUGUAGCUUUGGGCCUGGAGAAGAAGGCCCUGGCUGCCUACAAGCGAGUGUUUCGUACCUGGCUAUGGUCGGCGUCCAUUUCGAGGAUUCUUGGUUAACUCUCUGGUUUGCUUAUUUUUUAUUAGCUAUUCGUCGAAUGUAUAGCAACCAUAUUUCCAUCAUACAACUGGAUUUACGCUCUGGUCAAUCUGCGGAGUCAGUCUCCUCUGAACGUAGUACUUAUGUCUUUGAUGAAAACGAGAACCGCUUGGAACAGUCAAAGCAAGCGGAAAUCGCCAGACGCCAGACGAGUUUCGCUGAACUUGCGAGUUUUAGCGGUCGACUUGGUAGAGGCGUAGGCUUCGAAUCACUGGCAUACGAGGGACAAGAGAAUGCUGUGGAAUCACUGCAGGUGGGAGACGACCUUGAGGAGUUCGUCGGGGCAAAUCCGUGA